AUCCGGUGGAAAAAAUCUUCUCUCGAUGAAGUAAAGCUGGUUAUAGUAGCGGAGAAGCAACGCUAUUCCUGGUGUGUCACGAGUCGGUGUUCUCAUGGCCUAGAAUCGAAGGACAUUUUCAGUACGCGGUGAUGAAGACGAACUUCGGCGAAUAUGGUGCGAAUCACGAUAGACCUGAUACGAAAACGAUCCGAGCACAAUGAGGGAGAAAUUGCCAGCCUUGAAGAAAUAACCCUGCACCAGGAAGAUAUUGAAAAAAUCGAGCACAUAGACAGGUGGUGCAGAAACUUAAAAAUACUACUCCUACAAUACAAUCUAAUAUCCAAAAUCGAAAACCUGGGUAUGCUAAAGAAAUUGGAGUACCUUAAUCUGGCCUUGAACAACAUCGAAGUGAUAGAAAAUUUGGAGGGGUUAGAAAGUCUUAAAAAAUUAGAUCUAACAGUAAACUUUAUCGGGGAUCUACGAGGCAUCAAGUCACUGAGAGGGAACGAGCAUCUGGAGUCAUUGAUAUUAACGGGAAAUCCUUUCACGGAUUACGAGGGCUACCGUGAGUAUGUCGUCGCGACACUGCCACAGUUGAAGGAACUCGAUAUGGCCGAGAUAUCGAGGUCGGAGAGGAUUAUAGCCCUCCAGAGAUACGCCGAGGUUUCCGACGACGUUCUCAGAGGGUACUGGAACUACGCGAAGAUCCGUAAGGAGCAAAUUCUACGUCAUCAGAGGAGCGAAUCGGUUAGAAUUAGCGAACUCAAUGAAGAUGGAACGGAAAAGGUAGGUGAUGACGAGGAACGGAGCGAGAAAUUUUGGAAGAGCACAAGCUCGCACACUCCUGAGGACCGCAUUGCCAUUGCAAGAGAGAACAGAAGAAACAAGGAAAAAAGAGAAAGAAAAGAUGACGAGACUAAAAAACCAAAGUACGUUCCGAAAUUGUUCACCUCGGAUGGACGGCCAUACAACAUAAAUCAGCCCAAAGUACCAUUUCGUUUGGACGAUGAAAGUGACCGCGAAAAAAUUAUUCUAGACAUAGCUGUUUACAAGCAUUUGGACACUUGCUUUUUGGACAUUGAUGUCCAGCCUGGCUACGUCAGAGUGAUUAUCAAAGGCAAAAUACUGCAACUGACUCUGUCCAGUGAAGUUUUGACCGAGCAAAGUACGGUUCAAAGAUCUCAAACGACAGGGCAUUUGGUAGUGACAAUGCCGCGUUUAAAUCCAUUAAAACUGGUAGCAAAGCCAGAGGACAUAGGCAAGAAGGCAACGGAAAGCAAACCCAUCAAAUCAGUAAUGGCUCAGUCCGCCUCAACGAGGCGGGAAUUUUUAGAGAUUGGCCCCGAGAAGCAUGACCUCGACUACACGAGAAUAGUGGAUGACAACAAGAGGCAAGAAGAAAAAAACAAGUUGCUGGAAAGGCCCACAGGUGUUUGUCGGCCUGCGGAAAAAAUACCAUCGGACGAUUUCGUAGAUAAUCCUGAUGUGCCCCCGUUAAUGUAA